AUGGGGGUUCCUUUAGUGUGCCAUGGUCAUUCUCGUCCCGUCGUCGAUGUUUCUUACAGUCCGGUGACCCCAGAUGGGUUCUUCCUCAUUAGCGCAAGUAAAGAUUCGAAUCCGAUGUUGAGGAAUGGGGAGACUGGUGACUGGAUAGGGACUUUUGAAGGACACAAGGGAGCAGUUUGGAGUUGUAGCCUUGAUAAACAUGCUAUGCGUGCUGCCUCGGCUUCUGCGGAUUUCACUGCGAAAGUAUGGAAUGCAUUGUCAGGAGAUGAAUUGCAUUCCUUUGAACACAAGCAUAUUGUCCGGGCAUGUGCCUUCUCAGAGGACACUCACCUCUUACUCACUGGUGGAAUGGAGAAAAUUCUUCGGAUAUUCGAUUUGAAUCGGCCAGACGCACCUCCAAAAGAAGUUGGAAAUUCCCCCGGUUCAAUCAGAACUGUCGAAUGGCUUCAUAGUGAUAAUACUAUCUUAAGCUCUUGCACAGAUACCGGUAACAUUAGGUUAUGGGACAUAAGAAGUGACAAGAUUGUUGGAACAUUAGAAACAAAGUCCCCAGUUACUAGUGCUGAAGUAAGUCUGGAGGGGAGAUACAUAACUACUGCUGAUGGAUCUAGUGUUAAGUUUUGGGACGCCAAUAAUUUUGGAUUGCUGAAGAGCUAUGACAUGCCUUGCAAUGUUGAAUCGGCAUCCUUGGAACCAACACACGGCAAGACUUUCAUUGCUGGAGGAGAAGAUAUGUGGGUACAUCGGUUUGAUUUCCAGACUGGAGAGGAGAUUGGGUGUAACAAGGGCCACCACGGGCCAGUGCACUGCGUGAGGUAUGCACCAGAAGGGGAGUCAUACACGUCAGGCUCAGAAGACGGGACGGUCAGAAUAUGGGAGGUGGAAUUGGUGAACCUAGAUCAGGAGAGCAAUCUAAGCGGUCACGUGAAGCUUGUGGCAGAGGAGGUUGUGCGAAAAGCUGAAAGUCUGCGUAUCAGGGAGAAAGCCGCAGAAGCCAAAUGA